AUGGCGACACAUGAUGCUUACGAAUUGAAAUUACUUUUCUCAUUGUUUGAUACCAAUCAUGAUGGUCGCAUAACACAAGAUGAAAUUAAACAACUCGUUGAAACAGUCUCAGGUCAGAUUUUGACAGAAGAACAACUUGCUGCAUUCAUGAAAAUAAUGGAUACGGAUACGAACGGUGAUAUUACUGUAGAUGAAUUUACAGUUAUGAUGAAUGAAUAUCUUCCAACUAGUACUCUUGGAUUACGCGAUUUAUUUAAUACAUUUGAUUUAAGUGCCGACGGUGUUGUCGAUAAACAAGAAUUUGAUCAAGUGAUGAAAGACAAAGGCAAGGAUUUAAAUCAAGAUCAAAUCAAUAUAUUCAGUAAUAAAUUUCAGCAAGAUGAAAAUUGCAAAGUUACUUAUGAAGAAUUUAUUGAUGGUGCUAUGGAAGUCUAUAAAAAUAUAAAAUUUAAUUGA